AUGAAGUUAUUCGCGUUUGUGCUGAUGACGACCGCGGCCCUGGCGGCCGGUCAGACCAUCGACAACUGUCUGGAGAAGGACAGCAUCUCCUGCGUGCAGAAGAGCCUGUACAGGCGUGCCAAGGAGUUCUUCGACAUGGACAGCUUCGAGAUCUUCAGUGGUGUUAGCCUGGUGAAGAGCGCGGACGCUCCGGGAAGAACGUCCAGGACUGGCAAGGACCUGGUCUACGACCAGGAGAUCGACGCGGCCAACAGUGUCUCCGACAGGCAGGACGCUCUUGUGAAUUUCGUGACCGAGGAGGCUGGAGAGUUCCUUGCUGGACGCAGUCUCAGGAUAAACUUCACCCCCAUCAUCGAGAAGAUCGGGACCACCGCGCGCGCCCUCAGUGACUCUGCUCCCGAGGAGGUCAGGGAGGCUGUCGAUCUGGUCGUCGAAGGUCGAGGCAAGAAGAAGCAGCUGAAGCAGCUGCUGCCCCUCCUGCUGGCCGCGAAAGCGAAAAUCGGGGCCCUGGCCACCCUGGCAUACUUCGUCACCGGCUUCAUCGCUAAGAAGGCUAUCUUCGUUUCUCUGAUCUCGAUCGCCAUCUCCGCGUUCAUCGGUCUGAAGUCACUCUGGGCCAAGGGAGGUCACCACGAAGCCACCCCCUACCACGGUUGGAGCAGCGGUCCGGCUUCCGGGGGAUGGUCCGGGGGAGCCCCUGUCUCGACCGGUGGAUGGUCUUCCGGUGGCUCGUCCUGGGACGAUGGUCACGGAUACGCGCAGAGCCAAGCUUACAACGGCUAUCAUCACUAA